AUGCCAUUUGAUCUGAACAACCCCGCUGCCCCCUUCGCCGCUGCACCAGCUGAGCCGGUCUCUAAGGAACGCAAGGCGAUGGAUAAGGCCAUCAGCAAGGCCAUAAAGGAGAAGCCUUUGGCCGCGGGCCAGGAAGUGCCGAACAAAUUCUUUGAGGAGGAAGUUCAGGCGCCUAGGCGCGAGUUGUCUGAAAUACAAAGGCAACAUGCAGAUGCGGUUCAUCGGUCUAUUGAGCAAGCCAAGGGAGUGCACAAACUGUGGCGUGAGCAGUAUGACCAGCAAAGGAGGAAGGUGGAGCAGGCCAAUGCACGUAUUUCAGGGUGA